GGGGGGGUUAGUUACAUGACGCCCAUCGCGGCCGGAUCGGUUUGGGCGCUUCGUAUCGAGAUCUACGAGACGAAAAGGCAAACCGGCGACGGAGGAGAGCGAGCCGCGAUGAAGGAGACGACCAGCUCUUCCGCGAACGAUCCGAGGCUGCCGUCCGCCGCGAAGCCCUACGUCCCUCCCACCUUGUCGCCGCAGGAUCUCCCCAUCGACUACGCCGGAUUCCUCGCCGUCGUCUUCGGCGUCGUCGGCGUCACGUUGCGCUACAAGCUCUGUUCGUGGCUGGCGAUCAUCUUUUGUGCUCAGUCCCUUGCAAACAUGAAGAAUUUUGAGAAUGAUUUUAAACAGUUAUCUAUGGCUUUUAUGUUUGGAGUCAUGGGGUUGGUUACUAAUUACUUGGGACCUUCUCGUGCUGCCAAGCAACGCUAAAUUCAAUCUCAUGCAAUUAUCAGCCAUCGUCUUUUAUGCGACUCAUGAGAGUUAAAUUUCAAGUAAUGGUUUUCAGGUUUUAGACGAUAUAAUAGCAGCAUCAGGCUUCUUGUGGUGUAUCCUAUGCGUAUCCACUGAACAUUUUUCUGUGUCAUGCAAAGCUACAUAUCUCAUGAAUAUCCUAUGCCUAUCCAGAGAACAUUUUUCUCUUUGUCAUGCAAAGCUACAUAUCUUAUGCCUUAUCCGAUGUUCAUAAAUUUCUUUUU